GAGGCCGCUCUUUCCAGACAGCUGCGUUAUAAGAGCCAGUCAAGCCCGGGUUUGGGUUUAACUCUUUAAAGGUGAGUUCGCGCAGUGUGGGAAAGUUGUUAGUAGUAAAUGUGCCACGUCCUCUAGGAAGGAAGGGGGAGUCCUGAACUUGCCAGAGGCAAGUUGUCCCUAGCCUUCAGCUACAUUCUUAACUCUAUGAAGUCAAGGGCCCUUUCUCUGUUUUUGUAGGGACUUCUUUCCUGCUUCGGCAACAUGAGGCUUUUCUUGUGGAACGCGAUCUUGAUGCUGCUAGUCACUUCUUUGAUUGGGGCUCUGAUCCCUGAACCAGAAGUGAAAAUUGAAGUUCUCCAGAAGCCUUUCAUCUGCCAUCGCAAAACCAAGGGAGGGGAUUUGAUGUUGGUCCACUAUGAAGGCUAUUUAGAAAAGGACGGCUCUUUAUUUCACUCCACUCACAAACAUAACAACGGCCAGCCCAUUUGGUUUACCCUGGGCAUCCUGGAGGCUCUGAAAGGUUGGGACCAGGGUUUGAAAGGAAUGUGUGUAGGAGAGAAGAGAAAGCUCAUCAUUCCUCCUGCCCUGGGCUAUGGAAAAGAAGGAAAAGGUAAAAUUCCUCCAGAGAGUACACUGAUAUUCAACAUUGAUCUCCUAGAGAUUCGAAAUGGACCAAGAUCCCACGAAUCAUUCCAAGAAAUGGAUCUUAAUGAUGACUGGAAACUCUCUAAAGAUGAGGUUAAAGUGUAUUUAAAGAAGGAAUUUGAGAAGCAUGGUGCGGUGGUGAAUGAAAGUCAUCAUGAUGUUUUGGUGGAGGAUAUUUUUGAUAAAGAAGAUGAAGAUAAAGAUGGAUUUAUAUCUGCCAGAGAAUUUACAUAUAAACAUGAUGAGUUAUAG